AAGAUGUGGAUACAGCAAGAACUUAAAAUUGUUUUCAUCUUACAGCCGCCUUGGAUUUUUCUCUUUCCUUGCUAUCUUAAUCUGUUAUCAUCAUAUUCACUAUUCAUUCAUAUCAUCUUCUUUCAUCACCAAUCAAACCCUAACCCUAAUCCUCUGUUUAAAUCCAUCAGUUCUCUUUUCUUUUCUUUCUUUGAUUUAUUUAUUUAUUUUUUUCAAAUUCUUUCGUCAACUCACACGCAAUUUCAUCCAUGAAUCGGAUCUUGGAGCUUUCGUAACACGCAUAUAAUGAUCGAAGUGGUCCUUAGCGCUGCGAAUCGAUUGCAUGGGUUUAGAGAAUGGCGGAGCUUCGUAGUGGACCGCGACGUCGUCGGGCUCCGGUAGGCCCUAGAAGCUGCGAACCACUGUCUCCGGCGGCCAAAUACGUGAAGACUCGGGCUGCAGUCGCCAGGGAAGUUGCGGCAGCAGAGGCGGCGGUGGUUGAGAGGCCGAGGACUCGAUUGGUGGCCAAGAAAUUAAAGCAGGAGAAACCGGUGAUCGUGAUAUCGGAGAAGGAAGAAAUUGAAGGCGUGAUGGGUGAUGAUAGUGGUGGUUUAAGCGCUAAUAAAGGCGUUGCUCAAGAGGAUGAGGGCAACACUCCUCCUUUUCCUGAGAGGGUUCAAGUCGGAGGAUCGCCUAUAUACAAAGUGGACAGGAAACUGGGUAAAGGUGGCUUUGGACAGGUUUUUGUUGGCCGUCGAGUCACAGGUGGUAAUGACCGUACUUCUGGCCCUGGUGCCACUGAGGUGGCUCUGAAAUUUGAACAUAGAAACAGUAAAGGCUGUAACUAUGGCCCUCCGUAUGAGUGGCAAGUGUACAACACCCUUGGUGGCAGUCAUGGAAUACCUAAAGUACAUUAUAAAGGAAGGCAAGGAGAACAUUACGUAAUGGUUAUGGACAUGCUUGGUCCAAGCUUGUGGGAUGUAUGGAAUUCCUUAAACCAAGCGAUGUCUGCUGAAAUGGUUUCAUGUAUUGCUGUUGAGUCCUUGUCGAUCCUGGAGAAGAUGCACUUGAGAGGAUAUGUGCAUGGAGAUGUAAAACCAGAGAACUUUUUACUAGGUCAGCCAGCUACACUGCAAGAGAAGAAAUUGUUUCUUGUUGACCUUGGAUUAGCAACCAAGUGGAGGGACACCUCCAGUGGGCAGCAUGUUGAAUAUGAUCAACGCCCUGAUAUGUUUAGAGGGACUGUUCGAUAUGCUAGUGUUCAUGCUCAUUUGGGAAGAACUGCUAGUAGAAGGGAUGAUCUUGAAUCUCUUGCAUAUACACUCAUCUUCCUUCAUAAAGGCCGGUUACCAUGGCAAGGAUUUCAGGUAUAUACAUUUAUUGGUGAUAACAAAUCCUUCCUUGUCUGCAAAAAGAAGAUGAGAACAUCUCCUGAGAUGCUAUGCUGCUUCUGCCCUCCACCUUUUAGGCAGUUUCUUGAGAUUGUAGUGAACAUGACAUUUGAUGAAGAACCUAGCUAUUCCAAGCUAAUAUCUUUGUUUGAUGAUAUGCUUGGACCGAAUCCUGCAUUGCGGCCUAUUAAUACUGAAGGUGCUCAAAAGGUAAUUUAUCAGGCUGGGCAAAAGCGGGGUAGAUUGAAUAUUGAGGAAGAAGAUGAUUUGCAGCCCAAAAAGAAGGUUCGUUUGGGGGUUCCUGCUACACAAUGGAUUUCAGUUUACAAUGCAAGACUGCCAAUGAAGCAGAGGUAUCAUUACAAUGUAGCUGAUUCAAGAUUAGCACAGCAUGUGGAUAGAGGGAUUGCAGAUGGCCUUCUUAUUAGCUGUGUGGCUUCUUGUUCCAAUCUUUGGGCACUUAUUAUGGAUGCUGGAACUGGUUUUACAAAUCAAGUUUACAAAUUGUCACCUUUUUUCUUACACAAGGAAUGGAUCAUGGAGCAGUGGGAGAAGAACUAUUACAUUACUUCUAUAGCUGGGGCUAAUAAUGGGAGCUCUCUUGUGGUAAUGUCAAAAGGCACGCAGUACACACAACAAUCAUACAAAGUAAGUGAUUCUUUCCCCUUCAAAUGGAUAAACAAGAAGUGGAGAGAAGGUUUUCAUGUGACCUCAAUGACCACUGCUGGAAGUCGCUGGGGUGUUGUUAUGUCUCGAAAUGCUGGAUUCAGUGAUCAGGUCGUAGAACUUGAUUUUCUCUAUCCUAGCGAAGGCAUCCACAGACGUUGGGAUAAUGGUUACAGGAUUACAGCAACUGCUGCUACAUGGGAUCAAUCUGCUCUUAUAUUAAGCAUUCCGAGGCGCAAGCUUGGUGAUGAAACUCAGGAAACUCUGCGUACAUCUCAAUUUCCAAGCACACAUGUUAAGGAAAAAUGGUCAAAAAACCUUUAUCUUGCUUGUUUGUGCUAUGGGCGCACAGUAUGCUGAUUCCCUUUACGGCUUAAAGCAUUUUGUUGACUACGAAAUUAUAUAUUUUAUACUGCCCAAAUCAUGUAUAACUUUUUUGUUUGAAGCUAGUUGUGCAAGCGGAGAAGAACUGUAUCAUUGCCUGUUAUAUAGUAUUGUUCUUCCCUCCCGUUCUAUUUCAAGUUCUGUGGGCGGGAAUGUGACAGUUAUUGUAUUGUAUACAGCUUAGUUUUGUAUGUUCCUUCAAUGUGUAAAUGUAGGUUCUAUCUAAUUUUUUGUCUGAUUUUCAAGAUUGUUUCCAUGACAAACGUCUA